AUGACAGGGCGAGAGAAUGGUGAGAAGACCUUCCAGGGGUGUCCCCAAGGCGAGAAAUGCCCGGAUGACUCGUUGGAAAUGUUCCUCAUGGAAAAGGAAAUCCACAACCAUUUGUGUUCAUUAGAGCGCCACUUGGAUGCAUUUUUAGUGCUUAAACGGCUACAGGGCAGGCUGAAGAAGCUACUUGGUGGAGCAGGAGGGGAGGAUCAUGUGUCCGGUGGAGAAAAUGAUUCUAGGCUUGUUGCAGAAAGCGUAAAAGAAAUGACUGAAAAUGAUCCAGAGUUCGUCGAAACUGCAUUCCGACGUCUUAUGGUUGCAGAAGUAUAUAGAGAUCUGGGUAAGGAAGACUGCAGAGAACGUCUAGAUUUAGCAGCGCCUCUGACAGAUAAACUGAUUCAGCAGCUACGGGAAGAAAAAGCGCAAAUGGGCAAUCGCAAUCCAUUGAGUGGGAUCGAAAACGCUACAAAAGGCAAGAAACAUGCAUUAAAGGCAAAAGAAAAUAGCAGUGAACCGUCCUUACUAAACAGGGUACUUGCUCAAACCGCGCACCCCCUCCUGGCAUCCGAACGGCCAGGGACUUGGUAAGCCAACUGGUAUCACGACGUCUUUGUAGCAUGUAUGUGUAGGAAAGAGGUGAUAAACGACGGCCAACAGCUCCGGAUUGCACUAAGAAACUAUGAUGACAACCCAGAGAAGCUCUCAUUCAAGAUCGAGGGGAUUGUAGCUGCUCCUCUUCUUUGUAUACUCUCUGUACUCAAUGAAGUCGACCAUUUUAUAAACUGGGUACCCUACUUCACUAGGCCAUUCAAGUACGUGAUACAGAUCUGGCUACUGAAAUCACAUUCUGCGGGCUCAAGACUUGCUGAUAGAAAGUAAAAAUUAAGGCGAAUCUCAGUCGAGAAUUCAUGCAGGGACGCGUGCUUUGAGGUGUUUGCGGUGGACGAUUUUGAGCGAAAUUCUCAAAUUGUUGUCAAGAUGAUUACUCUGGACCAAAAGUACAAAACACCCAGGCAGAACAUGGAUAUUCCAGCCCCUGCCCGGCGAGUGGAGCGAAUUAUCGUAGACGGCUCGUUGGUGAUACGACCCAUUGGGCGUGACUCCUCUCUGCUGUCCCUUCUGUGGCAUGAAAACUGCAGAAUGCGCGUUCCUAUCUUCAUGGCAGAUUUUGUCGCAAAGCUGUUCGCUCGCAAAGCAUUCGAUGCAUUUAGGCGGACAUGCGAAGGCGCGCGAGCAGGUGUAUUGCAACAACGGAGGAAACAGAACACAAGUCUUUACGGAUUCAUCGCCGAUAGACUCGCCCAAGUCGGGCUGGGCAACACGUUUACCCGAUACAUUGGAAACAGCCUACUAUCAGAAAAACGAGAAGAACUCCACGUUAACGAGCAAUCGAAAGGAAGAGAUCAACCAGAAGAGGAUAGUGAGUUUUUUGAUGUGGACGACGAAGGUCAAGACAAUUCCUGA